AUGAAGCUACGAAUCCCGGGCGGCCGCGGGCACAUACUGGCUUUUGCAGAGGUCCUCGAGGACAUAUCGGCGCUGUGCGACCCACUACGGCUAGGGGCACCAGAGCUUGAGGAGGCAUUCGCGAGGGUCAAGCACGCCCCGGAGGCCCGAGGCGGAAGUCCCGCCCCAGCAGCCCUCCCGGAAACGCCCCCUCCUGGGUCUUCAUUGGCCAGCACCAGACAGGACGCAGUGUCUUGUGGGCAUUGUAGUUCCAGUCGAGGGAGCAGUCGGCAGAAAGCUGCGCUGGCCGGGUGGUCUUUGCACAUUUAUCGAGUCCUGAGCCCCCAGCACAGGCUACACCUCCCUGAGCCUCGUCCCGACUGUGAGACGGGCUCCCUUGCACGGAGGCGUCCGCCUGGGCCGCGCUCCCCCGUGCCUCGGCGCCCGCCCUCGGUUCCCGCCGCCGCGGCAGGCGGCACCCUAGGUCCAGCUCCUCCCACAGGGUCCGCCAGCGGCGCCGAGGUGGUGAUGGACCUGGCGCAGGGCUGGGUGACUUUUGAGGAUGUGGCCGUGUAUUUCUCCCGAGAAGAAUGGGAGUUCCUUAAUCUGACCCAGAGAAGCCUGUACCGUGAUGUGAUGUUGGAGAACUUUGAACUCAUUGGCUCACUGGGAUUUGUGCCUUCGAGGUCCCAUGUGGCAGCUCAGCUGGAGGGUGCUAAAGAGCCCUGGGCGCCCAGCGUGGUGGACACGACUCUGGUCAGCAAAGCAGAGGCUGGGAAGCGUCCUGGUGACGGUUGUCUGUGUAGCCUGGAGAAUGAGGAAGCCCCUCCAAAGCAGAUGAAUAGCUGCAGAGCCCACCUGUCAGAGAAGCCCUUUCUGUGUGGGGAGUCUGGGAAGGAUGUCCCUGCCAUCUUAGGCCUCCUCCAGCACCAGGCUGUGCACAGCAAAGCAAAGGCACACAGGAACACUGAGCAGAAGGCCCUCCUGCUCAGCUCCAAUGGCCAGCAGAAACGGGGAGUCUGUGCAACACAGAAACCCUUCAAGUGCAGCAACUGCGGGGAAGCCUUCCUAAAGGCCUUCGUGCUCCUUGACCACCUGAUAACUCACUCCAGAGAGAGACAAUUCAGAUGCCCAGCAGGUAGAAAUGACCCCAGGGAGAACUCAACCCUUGUUCAUCACCGAAAAACUCAAACUAGGGAAACAUCCCACGUGUGUCAUGAAUGUGGGAAGGCCUUCAGUUAUCCAUCUAAACUGAGGAAGCACCAGAAGGUUCACACAGGCAUAAAGCCUUUCAAAUGUGGUGAAUGUGGGAAAACCUUCAGCCGCAAAGAUGCACUUGUUCUGCACCAGCGAGUCCACACUGGAGAGCGGCCCUAUGAGUGCCGCGAGUGCGGGAAGGCCUUCAGCGUUCUGUCUACCCUCAUCCGGCACCGGAGAGUCCACAUUGGAGAGAGGCCUUUUGAGUGCAGGGAGUGUGGGAAGUUCUUUAAAUACAACCAUAGCUUCAUUCUUCACCGGAGAGUCCACACUGGAGAGCGGCCCUAUGAGUGCAGCGAGUGUGGAAAAGCCUAUGUGACCCGCUCUGGCCUAUACCAGCACCGGAAGGUCCACACUGGAGAGCGGCCUUACGAGUGCAGCCUGUGUGGGAAAAGCUUCACUACCAGGUCCUACCGUAAUCGGCACCAGCAAUUCCACACUGAAGAGAAGUCCUACGAAUGUACAGAAUGCGGGAAAGCCUUCAAACAUAGUUCUACCCUCCUGCAGCACCAGAAAGUCCACACUGGAGAACGGCAGCAGGACAGUAUGUGGGGAAGCCUUUAGCCACGGCUGGCGGCUGGUUCAACAGGAGAGGUCUCACUCCUGAAAGCAGGUUGAGGCAGAUAGCCUUUCGAAAGUGAGACCUCACACCCCCAACACACACCCUGGGGUGGUGCCGGGUAUGGGAAGCUUUCAGGAGCUAUGUCGCACUCUGACCUGCCCAGGCUGGUGGCAGUGUGGUCACUGCUAGUGCCUGUGACAGAAGCCAUCGCACCUCUACCACCUGGCAGGUCCCUGCAGUGUGCGUCGACCCCCAGUGUGCUCAGGGACAGCACAGCUCUGUGCUGUCUGCUCUUUACAAGAGAGAACCAUGAGUGGUGGAGGCUGUGGCGGGCUGCUUUCCCUCCCUCUGACUGGUUUAGGCAUGGGCAUGACCUAGCUCUGGCCAAGAAUAGCUGAUCAGUGUCAGCUAGGGGCUUCCCAGGAAAGUUGACCAUGUUCAUGGACACUGUCGAUAUUUCACAUGUUUCGUGGAUUUAUCCAACCAUGGAGCUGACUUGUCACACUGCUCUGGCAUGUAUGGUAAUAAAGGCCUUAUUGUUUAAACCACCUUUAAUACUGGGGUUUCUAUCCCCUGUGUGUGGAGGGACUGAGAACAAAAUUGGACUCAUGAGUAGAGGGAAUGGCUUCUUUGGGGGGAGUCCCUGAUUUUUAUGUGCCACAGUGGGGACAGCAGGAUGGCACAGAUACGCUCCAGUUAAGGUUGGCCUCAUUUGCACUGGUGCCUGAGACUUCCAGGGCAAGACGGAAGGGCUUUGUGGGUGUCUUGUAGCCUGGAUGUCAGGUUCACUUGUGGGCCAGAGCUCAUCCUGAACGAGGUGGUUGGCAGCAGAUCAUUCGUGCAUCCAGGGACAACAUGAGCUGGGUCCUGCGCUCCCAGGGAAUGUUCCUCAACCUUCAGCAUUGGUCAGAGUGUUUCCAGAAGCUCUUCCCAGAGCCAGUUCAGAAGCUAUGUUCUCCGAAAUUCAGAAUGUGCAGGUAAGUUCUAGACCUACAGGGGCCUGUUGGAAAGAGCAGGUGGGCAGAGCAACACCGAGUGAAGUAGUAUGGAAUGGGUGGUCCAGUAGAGGGUUUGACUUGGUUCUUAAGAGGCAUCCACAAAUGUUCUAGCAAUUGUGGUUUCAUGGGGUGAGAAUUGUAGAACUCAGGAACUGCAGACCUGUUACUUGUGGUCAGGGUCACUGUCAGCAACUAAUCUACAGUUUUUCUGGAUUCACACAGCCUUCCUGGGCAUGUUCACCUCAUGGGACUAGGAAAGAAGACCCUGUGUUCUGGGAUGUGGCUCUUGUGACCCAGCCAGUGUUCCUGGUGUCUGCACACCGUGGCUUUCAUUGUUCUUGGAGCCAUUGUCUCAGGACUCAAGGGAGAGAGUGGUUGAAUCAACAUAUGGAUCCAUAUCUUCUGGUUUGUAGGUCCUUUUGAUUUAAACAUUUUUGGAAACUAUGUCCUCAAAAAGUAAAUAAAAUAUUAGAUCAGCAAAA